UUUAAAGAUUCAAGGGCCCAAAGUAAAAUUAAAAAAAAGAAAAAAAUGAAAUUCUAUUACUACACAUUGCGUUAAGAAUUGCAUUAAAAUAGUUCGUUUGUGCUUAUCUUUCCGAGUAUUUGGUCUCCUCCCAGCUACGAGAACCAGUGUGAAGACCUAACGAGUGGGAUCAAAAGAUCGAGAGAUCGAGAGGUCGAAUGGAGAGCCCUCGAAGCCCUAGGAGCCCAGAAGCAGAGAUCGGGUACAGGGUUGAGGAUCUAUGGGACAUCCAGGAGCCUCAGCUGAGCCCAUCUGAGAAGCUCAAUUCCUGCUUCGAGAAGAUCCCAGUCUCCUCAUUCCCCCUUGCCCAUCCCUCUCAAGUAGUUGAGAUACCUUCAGAUUCCAGUUUGGCUGAUACUGUGGAAACUUUGUCCAAGCACAAGAUCUUGAGUGCUCCUGUCAGAAAGGUAGAAGCACCAGAUGAUGCCAGCUGGAUUGACAGAUACAUCGGAAUUGUAGAAUUUGCUGGAAUUGCUGUUUGGCUCCUGCAUCAGUUGCAGCCCUUAAAAUGAUGGCUGGCAGUGGGUGGAGUUGCCCUAGCUUCUGCAGCUGCUGGUGGAGUCACAGCUGCUGCUGGACCUGCUAAAUCUGGCCCCGAUGCAGCUGCGUCAAUGGGUGGAAGUUUCUUCGAGUUGCUUACAUCCUCUGAUUUCUAUAAGAAUACAAAGGUCGGAGAUAUCUCAGGAUCAUUCCGUUGGGCGCCAUUUCUUGCCUUGCAGAACUCUGAUACUUUUCUAACUAUGCUUUUGCUGCUCUCUAAGUACAGAAUGAAAAGUCUUCCUGUGGUUGACCUAGGUGAAGGAAAAAUUGAGAAUAUAAUCACACAAUCUGCGGUUGUUCACAUGCUGGCAGAGUGUGCUGGCCUCCAUUGGUUUGAAAGUUGGGGCACUAAGAAACUACUUGAAUUGGGACUUCCUAUCAUGAAGCCUGAUAGAAUUGUCAAGGUGAGUGAGGAUGAACCAGUCUUGAAUGCCUUCCAGAUGAUGAGGAAAAAGGGAAUUGGUGGCCUUCCAGUAGUUGAUGAAAGUGGGAAAAACCCAGUAGGCAAUAUCAGCAUCAGAGAUGUUCAGUAUCUUCUGACUGCUCCUGACAUAUAUAAAGAAUACAGGUCAAUCUCAGUUAAGAACUUUCUCACGGCAGUUCGCAAUUACUUGGAGAAGAACCAAGAGGUCUCACCCAUGUUGAGAGGAGUAAUCACUUGCAAAAGAGAUGAUACGAUCAAAGACAUAAUAUUGAAGCUUGACAGCGAAAAGAUACAUCGAAUCUAUGUUGUUAACGAGGAGAAUAAUUUAGAGGGAGUGAUCACAUUAAGAGACAUAAUAUCGAAGUUGGUUCAUGAGCCACAUGGUUAUUUUGGGGAUUUCUUCGAUGGGGUUGUUCCUUUGCCUCAGAAUAGCCGAGUCUAGGACUUGUCUUUGUAUUCAGAUUGUUGUCAGCUGAAUCUUGCUCUUGUAUUAUAUUUGUUUCUUGUUUCACGUGUAUAUUAAGUUACUAUGCUUGCUCUUUUAUUUGCUGUA